AAACACGUCGUCAGUUCCGUAAAGCGUUUCCCUUGGCUUCACACAGCAGGGUUAUUUACGCAGUCCUGCUGUACACGGAUCGUAGAGUUAACCAUUACCUUGAAAUGUUUUUCCGGUACUCUUAAGCAGGAGUUUUUCUCUGUCUUUCCCCAUAAGGACAGACAGUAAGCACGACAUUCAGCUCUGAAUCUCGCAGGAAACGGGAUGCAUUGCAGCUAGCUUGCUGUUAGCUUUCGCGCUAGCUUUGCGAAGACCGCUGUAUCGACGAAGGGACCAGGCACACCAUCACAGAGUGCAUUAUGACGGACAGUGUUAUGAGUAAAGCAGCCACAAUGGAGAUUCCUAUUAACAGUAAUGGAGACACGGGGGCAUUAGCAGAAGACGACAGCCUUGAACAGGCUGCAAAGCUGCAGUGGAGCUUAGAUGAGAAGGUAGGGAGCUCCAGAGGCACCAGGGAUCUACAGCAGGUGAUGGUAUCAGGUCCCAAUCUCAACGAGACAAGCAUUGUUUCUGGAGGCUAUGGAGGAACAGCUGAGGGAAUCAUUCCCACCGGCUCAAUUAAAGGCCCUGCUGUGUGCUACAAUCCUGAGUUUAACAAAAGGAUCCCUGUUACAGGAUUUGGUCCCAACAUGCAACACAGCACCAGCAGCAGCUCGAUGACAGCAGAAGAGGCAACGCGUGGUGUGGCUGUGGAAAAAUAUGAAGCAGUGAAAAAAUGGGGUUUAAACACCUAUAAGUGCACAAAGCAAAUGAUCUCAGAGCGUUUUGGUCGCGGCUCUCGGACUGUGGACCUGGAGCUGGAGGCUCAGAUAGAGGUUCUGAGGGACACCAAAAGGAAAUAUGAAAAUGUGCUGCGGUUGGCCAAAGCGCUGACCAAUCAUUUUUACAACAUGGUGCAGACACAGCACGCGUUGGGUGACACGUUUGCUGAUCUCAGUCAGAAAUCUCCAGAGCUACGAGAUGAGUUUGGCUACAAUGCAGAGACCCAGAAACUACUGUGUAAGAAUGGGGAGACUUUACUUGGUGCCAUUAACUUUUUUGUGUCCAGCAUUAACACGUUAGUCAAUAAGACAAUGGAGGACACUCUGAUGACAAUCAGGAUGUAUGAAAAUGCGAGACUGGAGUUUGAUGCCUACCGGUCAGACCUUGAGGAGCUAAGUUUGGGUCCCAGAGAUGCAGUGACCAUGGCCCGUACAGAGGCUGCACAAGAGCAGUACCAAGUUCAUAAGGAAAAGUAUGAACGUCUUCGCUCAGAUGUUAUCAUUAAGCUCAAAUUUCUGGAGGAAAAUAAGGUGAAGGUAAUGCAUAAGCAGCUCCUUCUCUUCCAUAAUGCCAUCUCAGCGUACUUUGCUGGCAAUCAGGAGCAGCUGGAGCAAACGCUGAAGCAGUUUAAUAUAAAGUUGAGGCCCCCAGGGGCCGACCAGCCUUCCUGGUUAGAAGAGCAGUGAGAGGCCCUGCGGGAAACCUUUCAGCCUUCGUCUCAACCACCUGCACCUGUUACCUUUUAAAUCACCCAGCUUGCAGAGGACCACUACAGAAGGAAACAAACUGAGAUAAACUGGUGGAUGAAGAUGCUGAGAUCGUAUUUUUUAUUUAUUUUUAUUUUUUUGAUGGAUGAAUGAUUUAUUCAUGAACUUAAUGCAGCAGAAAACUAAGUGGCCAGUUUAAAAAAAAAAAGGUUUUUUUCUGUGCCUCUCUUUCCAACUUCCUUUAUCCACUUUAGCUUCUCCUUGUGAGCUGUUAUUGUUUUGUUUUUUUUCCAACUGUUCAAAUUUUCUGUCCUUCUUAUCCGCUUAAUGUAAACAUCUUCCUUAUCUCUGCACCUAUUUUGUGGUGUGUGCUUGUUAGUCAUGUUUAUGGCCGUUAUUGUACUCCUCUAAGUGCUCCCAAUUCUUGGAGUUUAUCAUAAAACUCCACAGUCUUAGUAACAGAGACUUUUGUAAAGAAGAAAAUGGCAAAAGUACUAAAACACUACUGUAAUUUAACACUACUUUUUAACCUUUUAACCCUCAUCACUCCCCGACUGUGCCUCCUUAUUUAUGAGCAACCGGUAAACCUUGAUAAAUUGGAAUAUUGUCCAAAAGUUAAUUUAUUUCUGUAAUUUCAUUCAGAAAGUGAAUCAUUACACACAGUGAUAUAUCUCAAGAACCUGUUUAUUUUGAUGAUUAUUUCUUGGAGCUAAUGAACAGUUUAGUUUAGACUAAUUAAAGACAAAUAAAAAUCAUUUCUAACAGGAAUGUUAUGGCCUAAACAAUUGGUGGGAAGAUUAUUUCCAGCAGGUAAACAGUUACAUCCUCCAAAGGGAGGGUAAGGUACAAAAGGUCAUUGCUGAAGAGCCUGGUUGGUCAGAGUGCUGUAUCAAAACACAUUGAUGGAAAGUUGAGUGGAAGGAAAAAGUGACAUUGUAAAAGAUGCACAAGCAACUGCAGACAUAGUUGUUAUUUUUCCACUAUUAUUUCAACUCUAAUGUCAUAGCAGCUGUUUACCAGGAGGCAAACAGCAGAAAUGCUGAUUUUAUUUUCUGUUAAGUCUUGGUACCUGCCAACCUUUUGCCCACACUGCCAAAAGCUUUAAUCGCCAUGGUAACACUGUGCUUCAUUAACCGUCAAACUGGCCUUACUUUAAACCCAUAGAGAGUCUAUGGAGAAUAGCCUCGAGGGAGAUGACAUUUCCGUAUGAAAAAUGCUUUUAUUUGGGUUUAUAUAAUAAGAGUUUAAUGGAAUAUCUUUGUGGGUUUAGGGCAUAAUCAUCAAAUACAUAUCUAAGUUAUAUCAUUUUGUGUUAUGAAUCUACAAUAUAUGUUUGACUUUAAAUUGAAUUGCUAAAAUAGCUUUUCAAUGAUGUUCCAGCUUAUUGAGAUGAACUAGUUAUGUGAUAAAUAAAAUAUAUUCAAGAAAAAAGUUAAAACUGUUUAUAAAUACACAUUAUGUCCAUUUCUAGUACAUUACAAACAAAUAUCUAGAGAUUUAAAAUCCAUGUAAAUUUAAAAUUAAGAAUCACUUCAACUUUUAAAAAUGUUUGUAGAGUAUUACUAUAAAUUAGCAUGUUCUCCAUCAAAGACUUUACUCAUUAACAGGAAAAUUGUUCAACUUUCAGAUAUGCAACAAUCAUUUAAGGAGCACUGCCACAGCCUUCCUUGGGUUUUGAAUAGAUUGAGAUGUUAGGUGGAGGCUGACCUUGUUUGCCUUGUUUACGUGGGUAUUGUUUCCUUUUUUUUUUUUUUUUUACCUGAUUGGUUUUCACACUGGAAUAUGCCAGUGUCUUUUUACAAUCUGUUUGAAGAAACUUGACUGGAGUCACUUCACUAAUUAACUUUUACUGAAUAGUAUCACAUACUGUAGAACGUUAUUACAUUUUUUUUCCUAUUGUAUCAAUACUUUGAAUUGUCUGUGUCAUAUUUGUGUGAAACUAACAACUACGCGUCUUUUGACAAAAACGAUCACAUCUUCUGAUUCUGCUGAAUUAAGAAUUGAUCAAGAUAGCUAUCUAAUGUUACUAAUUAGAUCAUUUCAGUAUCACAUUCUGGCAUUUAGCAGCCAGAUAAUAUGAAAAGUGAAGAUUUUAGAAGAAAACAAUCAGUGAUGGAAGCAUUCGCAUACGAGCUGAAUUUUUACAUAUCACUAUUGUAUUCACAAAGUGUUGCUCUGUUGAAAUCGUCACUUUUUAUUGAAACAAAAACAAAGUUUUUCGUAUGACGUUUAAGAUGGCAAUACAGUAAGAUGAAAUGACCAAAUCGCUGACUGAACCACCCAAAAACAUAAAUUUCAUUUGUAUAAAAUUAUCAGUCAAAAAUAAUAUGGGCUAGAAUACUGACUCUGUUCUCAUGAGAGCCUCUUUAUAAUAUCACAUCACAGUAAAUGUGUCAUUCCUCCAGCUACUUGUUCUAUAUUUGCAUGGCAGAUAACAAUCCUGAAGUGUAGAUAUGUGCGCUUUCACUAAUGGUCAGCUCUUGUCUUCCAUGUUUGUCAUCUAGCCUGGACUGACAUAGUGUAAUUUUUUACGUUCAAGUUGGCAGAAGCAUAAUCAAAAGUGAGUUUACUAGUCAUGUGGCACUCUUAGUGAGAAUGAUGGAGGAGUUGAGGGUUUAUUGAAAAGACGAGGAUGUUUUUAUAUCAGUUUACUGUCAAGCUCCUGGUUUGCUUGACUACCAUGAAGCAAUAUAUAAAAUGUGAUCCCUUUCUCCAAACUGCUUUGUUUGGGGUUCCUUAUCAGACAUUAAAAGGAAUGGCAAUACUUUUUUUUUUUGUUCCAUAGUUGUGGAAAUGGCUGAAUUUAAAAAUAACUCUUGAACAUUCUUGCAAAGAUUGAAGUGUUGCCACAUGAAAGCCAAGAUUUCUAAAAAUGCAUAAAUAUAUAUAUAUAUUUUAUUUGUGUAUAAGCAAAUGUUUUGUAGACUGAGCUGAUGUACUAUACUGAAAUUCAGGUAUUUAUGAUGAUAAAUGAAGUUGUCAUGGAUACUCUGCCUUCAUUCCUCAAUUGCACCUCAAAAGUCCAACUCCAACCCAAAGGAGCAAAAUUGAAAGUUCACACUUUCAAACUGUCUGUGUUUUCUUUGGCUUUUGUCAUUGUUGUAUUUAUGUUGUAAUGCUUUGUGCUAUAUGGAGACAAGGAACGAUCUGGAAUUGGUCAAAUAAAACAUUGAGGAAGUAA